AUGUCAACUAAAGCGGAGGACAGCCACACUUUCCAGUCGAUAUCAGCGUCGCAUCUGAACUACCUGCGGCUGUGUUCGCUUUUGCCAUGGCAGGGCAAGGGAUUUUCUCAUCCGUUUAGUCUGUUGUUCCAGCUCUGGAACCAUUUGGCCAUCUUUGGGUUCAACGCGAUGUGGCAUGGCUACGGGAUUCGCAUGUUACAACGUGGCGACGUAGAGAUCGACUUAAUCUGCGAGGAAAUAACAGUGUUAGACAUCACCGCGCGGUACUUCUUGCUGUUGAUCAAGCGUGAGAAGCUCGGCCGCCACAUCGAGACCUGUAGAAAGCUCUGGAGCUACCUCAAAGCAGGGGAGGAUAUGUUUGUCUCUCAGUUCGAGCGAAAGGGAUACUACCUUCGGAACUUCGUAAUGAUCAACUCGGUCAUGGUAACGACGGCAUUCAUCAUAACGGCGACAUUCGUUCGGCUGCCACCGUUGGAAGCUAAUGGUACCGAGAGAAGGAUGCUUCCCGCCAGGUUUUUCAUGGACGUUCAGGAGGAUCCGGCGUACAGCAUCGUGUUCGCUUCGCAGUCUAUCCUCCUUCUGAGCGUCGACGUGAUGAUCGGCAGUACACAGACUGUUUCACUCUACCCGAUCAUGAUGGCUUGUGGAUAUCUGCGCUCGGUUCGAAACCGACUAUUGAGUCUCGAAGGAAGCGACAAUGGCACUGAUGCAAAGGGCGAAGCCACGUUCAAGUUUGUGGUCGACUGCGCGCAUUUUCAUCAGCAGAUCAUUAUAUUCUGUGAGGAUAUAGAACGAAUGACGCGGAUGCUCUUCUUCUUCGCCUGUUUCUGUCCCAUCUACAACGUGUCCAUCGCGGGUAUCGUGAUUCUCAACAGCAACGAGGACAAAAUUAAGUUCGUGCUACUACUGGUCUACAAUUUUUUUCUUUUCUUCCUCUGUCAGUGGGCCCCCGAACACCUUACCGUAGAAAGCCGAGCCAUCGCAGAAGCCGCUUACUUUGCAAGCUUACAGCCGCUGGCGUCAAGUUACCGGGAGAAGAUCAAUUGGAUAUUGUACUUCAUGGUGGUGAGAGCUCAGAAGCCGAUACAAUUGACAGCCGGUGGGUUUGCUCCAUUGUCUAUUCAAACAUUUGGUGCGAUGACGAAGAGUGCAUUCUCCUUCUUUAUGGUCUUGCGAAACUUUAGGACUUGA